AUGAGUCAACCCACUUCAUCAACCAACCUCUUCGAUGUCAGUGGCAUUGUGGCCGUGGUGACAGGCGGAGGCAGUGGACUCGGACUCUUCAUGACUCGUGCGCUGGCUGAAAACGGUGCAAAAAAGGUCUACAUCAUCGGGAGGAGAAAGGAAGUAUUGGAAAACGCGGGUCUUGACAAUGUCAUCCCAGUCCAGUGCGACGUGACGAGUCGAGACAACCUCAAAGCUGCUGUAGCAUUCAUCGAGAAAGAUGUUGGAUAUAUCAAUCUGCUUGUCGCCAACUCUGGCAUCUCUGGUCCUUCUGGCAACGUGCCUCCAGGGGCAAGCAUUGCUCAACUCCAAGAGACUCUCUUCGACAUCCCAAUGGAGGACUUCACGAACACCUACCAUGUAAACUGCACCGCCGUGUUUUACACAACCAUUGCCUUCCUCGGGUUGCUGGAUGAGGGUAACAAGAAGUCCGACUACCAGGGUGGCAGGAGUCAAGUUAUUGCCACCAGUAGCAUCGGAAGCUUCAACAGAAAGAUUACUGCUGGUUUUGCGUACGGUACCAGCAAGGGCGCUACAACUCUGAUGAUGAAGAUUCUAGCCACUUAUCUAGUACCGUACAGAAUUCGGGCAAACGUUCUCUGCCCGGGCUUAUUUCCGACAGAUCUUACAGAGAGCUUGAUCAAGGGCGAUGAUCCAACUGCCGAGGGAGCAUUUCCUCUGGACCAAAUCCCGGCCGAGCGAGCCGGGCGACCAGAAGACAUCAUGGGGCCGUUGCUAUACUUAGCCUCCCGGGCGGGAGCUUACUGCAGCGGCAACUGUGUUAUUACAGAUGGUGGACGCCUAAGCGUUACCCCUGCGACAUAUUAG